UUCGCUGUUUCCCAGGAAGCCGUGAGGAUGCCCGAACCCGCCAAGUCUGCGCCCAAGAAGGGCUCCAAGAAAGCCGUGACCAAGACGGCCGGCAAAGGAGGCAAGAAGAAGAGAAAGACCAGGAAGGAGAGCUACGCCAUCUACGUGUAUAAGGUGCUGAAGCAGGUCCACCCCGAUACCGGCAUCUCGUCCAAGGCCAUGAGCAUCAUGAACUCGUUCGUUAACGACAUCUUCGAGCGCAUCGCCUCCGAGGCGUCCCGCCUGGCUCACUACAACAAGCGCUCCACCAUCACCUCCAGGGAGAUCCAGACGGCCGUGCGCCUCCUGCUGCCCGGAGAGCUGGCCAAGCACGCCGUGUCCGAGGGCACCAAGGCGGUCACCAAGUACACCAGCUCCAAGUGAAGCUGCCGCUUAGCAUCAACCACAACAAAGGCCCUUUUAAGGGCCACUCAAA